AUGGCUGGCACUAACAAUAGUAGCCAGGAAAGUUUUUUCGAGGGAAGGUUGAUUAGGAAGGAUUACGCCUGUGAAGGUGCCGUCGCUGCUGUACUAUAUGUUCCUGGCAGCGUGGACCGGCCCCUCCCGGGCGUGGCGGCUAGCCUAGAAGCCCGCAUUGCCGCGAUCCCUAUUGAGCGGUACCGCAACUUUUGUAUCGUGGCGCACGUCGACCAUGGUAAGAGCACGCUGAGCGAUCGUCUCUUGGAGCUCACGGGGACGAUAUCGGCUAACGGGAACAAUAAGCAAAUUCUGGAUAAACUGGAUGUGGAGAGGGAACGAGGUAUCACGGUCAAGGCGCAGACUUGCACCAUGAUACACAACCACAAUGGAGAAGACUACCUCCUUCACCUUGUCGACACCCCCGGCCACGUCGACUUCCGAGCCGAAGUAACGAGGUCGUACGCGAGUUGCGGCGGUGCGCUUCUCCUCGUGGAUGCUAGCCAAGGCGUGCAGGCGCAGACGGUCUCCAACUUCCAUCUUGCUUUUGCGCAGGACCUGAGUUUGAUCCCCGUCGUCAACAAGAUCGACAUGCCCUCGGCCGACGUGCCGCGUGUUCUGGAGCAGAUUGAGAGCACGUUCGAGCUGGAUCCCAAGUCUGCGGUCCUCGUCUCGGCGAAGACGGGCAAGAACGUCGCCGGCAUCCUCCCCGCCGUGGUGGAGGGCAUUCCGAGCCCGGUAGGUGAUUCUAGCAAGCCGUUGAAGAUGCUCCUCGUCGAUUCGUGGUAUGAUACCUUUAGGGGCGUCAUCUGCCUCGUGCGGAUCUUUGACGGGCAGAUCAAGGCGGGAGACAACGUAGUGUCCUUGGGGACGGGCCAGAGAUACACUGUUGGGGAGGUGGGAAUCCAGUACCCUAACGCGGUGCCCCAGAAACUGCUGCGGGCCGGGCAGCUGGGCUACCUCCACUUUAACCCUGGCAUGAAACGCUUGCAGGAUGCCAAGCUGGGCGAUACCUUUACGCACAUCGGCAAGGAGGAGAUUGUCGAGCCGUAUCCGGGCUUCGAGGAACCCAAGCCCAUGGUCUUCGUCGCCGCGUUCCCCGUCGACCAAUCAGACCACCCCAAGCUUGAAGAGAGCAUCGACCAGCUGGUUCUCAACGAUCGCAGCAUCACGCUGCAAAAGGAUCACUCUGAGGCCCUCGGCGCGGGCUGGCGCCUCGGGUUUCUAGGAUCCCUCCACUGCUCCGUUUUUCAGGACCGUCUGAGGCAGGAGCACGGGGCUAGCGUCGUCAUCACCGAGCCCACCGUACCGACGCGGAUCCAGUGGCGCGACGGAACAGAGGUCGUUGUCGAGAACCCCGCCGAGUUUCCCGACGCCACCGAUCAUCGUCUCAAGAUGGCGACCUUGUUCGAGCCCUUUGUGUGUGCCACCAUUACGCUCCCCGAGGAGUAUCUAGGGCGCGUCAUUGAGCUCUGCGAGGCCAACCGCGGAGAGCAGAAGGAGCUGGAGUUUUUCCAUACGACGCAAGUGAUUCUCAAGUAUGAUUUGCCGACGGCCCAGUUGGUGGAUGACUUCUUUGGCAAGCUGAAGAGCUUAACUAAGGGCUAUGCAACCUUGGACUACGAGGAUGCAGGCUGGCGCGAGGCCAGCCUAGUCAAGCUACAACUGCUAGUGAACAAGGUGCCUGUCGAUGCCAUCUGCCGCGUUGUGCACAAGUCUCAGGUGGAAAGACUAGGCCGCCAAUGGGUCACGAGCUUCAAGGAGCAUGUCGACCGACAAAUGUUUGAAGUCAUCAUCCAGGCAACUGCCGGCAAUAAAAUCAUUGCUCGAGAAACCCUGAAGCCUUUCCGCAAGGAUGUGUUGGCCAAGCUCCACGCCGCGGAUAUCACGAGACGAAAGAAGCUACUCGAGAAGCAAAAGGCGGGUAGGAAGCGGUUGCAGGCCGUCGGUAAUGUCAUCAUCGACCACUCCGCGUUCCAAAAUUCCUGUCCAAGAAUUAGUUGGGCUGGCACUCCCCAGACACCACAUACGAAAUGA